CCUACUAAAUUACAUAGCAACCAAAAUGGCUGGCUUUGUUUCGUUGUGGUGUCGCAGAGACGAGUUGCUGAAAGAUGUAUAUGAUGCCUUUAGAGACGCUGAGCAGUGCCGCUACCUCGAGUUUCUUGCUGCUGUGAAGAUACAGAGCUGCUACAGAGGCUGGACUACACGUAGACGAAUCGCGAACCUUCAUUAUCAUGCCACGGUCAUACAGAAAUGGUACAGAGGACAUGUCGGCAGACGGUAUUACAGAAAUCUUGUCAAGAUUCGUCUCCAUGAGAUGAGGAUGAAUUUCUAUCAUGAUAUGGCUACCCAAAUUCAGAAGAUAUGGAGAGGUUACUACUGCCGUAAGUAUGUCCACAAUUACAGUGCAUACAAGAACUAUUUGAAGGGUAUUGAAACGACCAACAAAAUAGUCACCGACCGACUGAGCUUCUAUCAAUUACAACUAAACCACAAACUGGCAAUGGAGAGGAGGAGGAGAGAGGAGGAGAUAUUACACGAAGAAGCACGGCGAACUCACUAUUUACUCAGCACUGUUGUUUUGCCGGGUGUUUACAAUUCACCAAAGAAACCACAAGUCGAAAGAGAAGAGAGGUUAAGGAAGUCAAGGCCAAGGAGUCGCGAUCAUUUAGUAUUUAAAGAAGGAGGAGAACCAAUACAUUUGCCUCCCUUAGUGCCCAAAGUUCAAGGGCCCUUCAGGAGUCCUGACGAGGUGCAACGGCAGCAACACAAACCACUGCAGCCAACACUCCGAGUUUCCACCGACUUUUACUGUGUAGAGAAAGCUCGAGUCGCGAUACAAAACGCAGAAUGGGUAGCGAGGAUACAAGACAAAGAGUUUACGCCAUUUUCACACAUACAGCAACGCUAUGAGCCACUUCUACACACCAAAUCAUCAUAUCAAAGACCAGCGUACGGGACUCUCCACUUCAGGGAAACAAGCUCGUCAAACAUCAAAGGAAGAAAGCGAUUUGCCACUUUGGUGCCGUCUAUACCACUGUUUGAUCAGUUCAAUAAAACAUACUAGAACAGACAGACACCAUACUAGUUUCGGUAGUCGUUGACUAGCAAUAGGUAAAAAUGAAAGAUAUGUAAGUUAUUAAACUAUGUGGCUCAAAAUUGUUUGGAACACGAACAGCAAUUAUUAUAAUUUUAGAUUCUAGAGCCAGUAAUUGUCUGAAUUUUGAAAAAACGUUGUAGACGCAUGAAAGUACAUUAAUUCAUAUAGUGCGCAGCACUACAGUUCCCACUA